CAGAAGCGAUAUUGAACGCAAGUGGUGCAAACCAGGGCGCAUUUCUUCAGAUUUCUUGAGGUAAACAUUCGGUGGCGGAUUGAAGAAGGUAAGAUCUGUUUUUUUCAGGUUUUAAUGCAACUUUAUUCAGCUUUAUUGCCAUUAUCAACCCCGUACAACUUUCUACACUCGCGAUGCUUGUACAACAACAACGACAUCUUUUAUUUAAAUACGGUGGGUUUUAAAGCUAAUAUAGCUUAUGGGGCCGUGUCAAAAAUGUUAAUUAAAUAAAAUAAUAAAAAUUAUUAAAAUUGAAUGUAGUCAAUAAAAAGUUGAAAUAUGUACAAUAAAAGAUAUGAAUAGAAUUAAUAAUUAUACAAAGUAUCUCCGUUCACUUGACAUGUUGAUGUCGAUAGAAAUCGAUAAAAGUCGAUACAAAUCGAUAGCCAGCCCCGAGAAGUUUGUGAUUAUCGACUUUUAUCGACAAAUUAAACUAAUCAAUCGACAAUUAUCGAGCACUAUCGACUUAUCCACUAGCUUUCCGAUGAUCGAUUUCGAUGGACAUGUUACGUCCUGUGUUACAAGUCUUCACAUUCCAUGGCCAAUUUAUUCACAUACGAAAUUACAAACCAACAGAGGCUACUAUAAAACUGAGGUUACCGAAAUUUUAAGAGAGGAGAAUCCCUGAAGAAGUUUACUACAAUGAAAAGGAUAUAGCUGUGUUACGAGGAUUAUAUAUAUCUGUAAAUACGUUUGUAAAGUGAAAUUCUAAUUUUCUUGCUUGUGGAGAAAGUGCGUUCUAAUUCUUUUCCUGAAUGAAUUGAAUGUCUGAAUUUCUUUAACAGAUUUUGGUAAGUUAUUCCAACCCUUUGUAUUUUAUCUAGUGUUUUUGGUAGUUUUCGUGCUUAGAUUUUGUGAACGUUAGUGAUGAUCUUUUGUUAUGAUUGAUAAAAAUCUUUGUUCAUGCAGACAAAAGAAAUCAUUGAUAGAUGAUAGUAGAUUCCCCGGGGUACUCCCAUACAUUGCCUCUAUGGGUAUGUGCCGCCCAAAGGGAUUGUGAUUUUGAAGCUCCUGAUUUAGAACGGGGUGUCCAUUUCAGAGGCGUUUUCUAAAACUCUACUUUUGUAAGCAGCCAUUUGAAAUUAUUCAAGGACAGAUUGCUUUUAAAAAUAUGGUUCAAUGCGUUAACAAGCAAACCGUUUUACUCUUGUCGCACCUUAGAAUGGAGUAUAAAAAAUUGGACCAUUUCUAGAACGGGGUAUCAGUGUUAGGGCGAAUUCUAGAAUGGAGUAUAAAAAUUGGCCCAUUUCUAGAAUGGAGUAUCAAUUUUAGGGGAAAUUUUUUCUAGAACGGGGUGCCAAUUUGGAGUCCUGGGUGCACAUACCCACCCCAAAAAUACCCAAGUCCCCCCCCCCACCGGGAGUAGAUUGUUAUUGAAGUAUCGAACAAUGGACAAAGAAAUGGCUUCAUUGUUUAUAUCAUCAAAAAGUGAAAUCAAUAGUUCUUUGAAGAGCGGACCAGUAUAUUCUUUGAAUUUUGGAAAAGUAAUGAUCCUUAUAAUUUUCUUUUUUGUUUUUUGCUUUGAAUAUCAAUAAUUAAGGCUUUAUUACAUUAACAGACAAUUCGUAAACCUUUAAUUCUUGCAAAAAGUAAAAUAUGAUUUUUAACUGGUAAACAAAGAAAUUAAUGUCCAGAAAUGUUUAGGUAAUAAGUUAAUGGUUCAUCUAUUACAGCUGCUCUUUAACAGUGAUUGUUGAGAUCACCAUUUGUUAUUGUUUGUUCAUGUUCAAUUAAUUUUCAAUCACACUUUAUUCCAUACUUUAUUGGGCAACAUCAAACUAACUAGAAUAUACAUUCAUGAUUUUAAAAAUGUGAUAAAAAGGAAAUGAUUAAUACCAAAAAGGGAAAUGCACGAACAGCAAAUUUAGACCCAUGCAAGGUGCCCCCACCAAGGGUAAUAAACAUAUUUGAAGCAUGUACAAGAAAAAUACUAAUUGACAUGAAAAAUCUAACUGCAGAAGAAAAAGAAAUCAAAAUUGUAGUCAAAAAUCUAGUUGUAGAACAUCUACAUGUAAUUGUCAGGGUGCAAAGAAAGUCAUUUUUACAGGUUGCCACACUACUGUACAUAUUGGGAAAUUUAUAGCAUAUACAUCUUAAGAAGGAAAGAAAACAAAAACAAAUAUGAUGAAACUAAAUGUCAUAUGCCUUUUUAAAAAGAAACGUUUUCAACUUAGAUUUAAAAACAUUAACAUCAGAACAAGCGCAAAUUUCAAAGGGGAGCUUGUUCCAUAGUCCGGCGGCAGCAACGGAAAACGCUCGCUGGCCAUAAGUUUUCAUGUCAAAAUUUGGUUCUUCAAGGAGCAAAUGAUCCCAGGAUGACCGUAAUGUCCUUGAUUGAUGGUAAAAUUUUAAAAUAUCUUCAAGAUAACAGGGACCAGAGUCAUUCAAUGUUUUAAAUUUAUUAAAUUUAUUUUAAAAACAAUUCUCUCCUCAACAGGAAGUCAGUGAAGAUCUCUUAGAGUCUCGGUGAUGUGAUCUCGUUUUUUGAGACCAGCUAUAAUUUGAGCAGCCGCAUUCUGAAUGUACUGCAACUUAACCAUGUCCUGUUUUUGGCCACCAAAAGGAAGAGAAUUACAAACGUCCAACUUCGAGCUAACAAACCUGUGAAUUAGAAUUUAGAAAUAUUUCGUAUAGCCCCAGGCUAUAUCGGACACUACUUUCUUUGCACACUGAAUUGUAGAGAAAUCUUAUUGUAGUAAAAACAUCUAAUUUUUUGCCAAAAGACCAAUCUGUUUUAGUGACAUUAACUUAGCUGUCCACUACUCUGGCUGAAUUAGUUAAUCAGAAUGAGUCAGUCAGCUUUAAAACACAGACUUUUUACGAGGUUUUCUGAACAAAGUUUACUUCAUCUUAGCCCAUGAAAGGAAUGAAACAUAAAGAUUAUCUGAACUGCAAAAAUACAAAUUUUACCAGUGCGAUCGUAUCUUCUUUUAAAAAUUUGUGUUUCCUCAUUUCAGAUCAUCUAUAUCUGUGUGAUUUUGCUAAAAGGUGCCCGCUAAGUUUUCGCUUGAACAUGGGCAUUGCCUGUGUUCAAGCCAGGGUAGCCGGAAAAAGAGCAGCGGGUUGCAGUCUUGCUAGGUGUCAGCAGAGAGCCCAGGCCCAGACCUAUUUGUGGGUGAGUGGCUCAGUUGUUUUGUGUGAAAACCAUUAGUGUAGGGAGGGGAGGUUUUGUCACUUUGAUUAGAGUUUGAUGUCAGAAAGCAGUGCCAAGUCAGAGAAUUUUUCCACUGGGCUAGGCCAGCCAAAUCAAUGCUGUGACUCAUAAUCAUAACACUACUAGGAGAGCUUGGGGGAAAGUGAUUGACUAGUCAUAAGUUUCAUGGGUGGGGAGGGUGAGUAGUUGCUCCUUGGACUUGGCUGACUAGAGACUCAGUACGGCAACCUUGUAUAAAAUCCACACAGAUAUGUUUCAUUCCUUUCAUGGGUUAAGGUGAUAAACUCAACAAAUUGACCUCCCCCCAUGCAUGGGUCUUCAUAGCACAAAUGGUAGAGCACUGUAGCCCUAACGCAGAGGCCAUGGGUGUGAAUUCCAUUGAGGUCUCGAACUUUUUUCAGAUUUAUUUGCAAUUACUUAAGUAACAAUUACAAUACAAUACAACACUUCAUUGACAUCUCCCCAUGUGGGUUUUUCAGUGACACUAAUUAACAGAUAAAAGUUAAAAACUACACAGUAUAUUAAUAAAUUAUAUUAAAGAUGAUAAUUAAUUUAAGUAAUUAAAACUAGCUAAUAGUUGCAACAGGAUAACCCAUCGUAACUCAUCAUGACUCAUCAUGGAAAGUCGUUCAUAAGAUGUUUUCUUUAAUUGCACUUAAAAUUAUUUAAACAUUUGCUAAGCUUAAUUUCAGAUGAUAAAUUAUUCCAUAUAUUAACGAAUACGGUUCUAUAAGAAAAGGACCUCUGCCCUGUUUUAGUUUUAAAUAUCGGUAUAUUGAAGUUCUGGGAACUUCUAGUCUUCCACCUACUUACGUCGCCUCUAAAAAUAAAUUUAUUACCUAAAUAUUCUGGGGCCAUGCCCGUCUUUCACUUGAAUGCCAUAACGGCUUCUUUGAAGAAUAAAUUGGUUUUUACUGGUAGUCACCUUAAGUUCUUAAGCACUGGAGUCACAUGAUCAUAUUUCUUAGUGUUACUCUUCAUGUAUCAUUCCUUUCAUUGGUUAAGAUGAACUCAACAAUUUAGCCUGCUCCCAAUGUAUAGCGUAAAUGGUAGAGCACUGCAGCGUUAACACACAGGCCAUGGGUGCAAAUCCUGUUGAAGUCCCGAAAUUUUUUCACGUUUAUUUGCAAUUGCUCAUAUUGGAAUUACCCCUGCAACAAUCAUAUCUUUAGUUAAUUAAAAAAUGAUUUUUUUGUUUUAAAGUUGGACAUGUAGAAGGCUCUGUAUUGAUAAAACAUACUUUUGGAUAGAGUGAUACCUCGGGGAAUGCUUUGGUGUUUCCUUUAUACAGGGAAGGAAACGUCAUAAUCAGGUGUCAAAAAUCAUUCACAUGAAUGGUGGAAAUGUUUGGAGUACUCCAAGAAACUAUAAUGGUACAUAUAUUACAAAAAUGUUUCUGUAAUUUUCUUAUCAAAGUUGGGAAAAUUUGUCAAAGUACAGGGGACUCUCAGAUCUUAAUACAAAAGGUCAGCAAAAUAUAAACUGACCCCUGUUGAUGGAUUCUCCAUUUUGAAGGGGUCUUUUAUUAUUUUAGGCAUGUAGUCAGCUGGUGCAUGGUCUAGAAUCACUUUUUCAAGAGUGGGUGUCUUUUGAAUUUUCUAAUUUUCCACGUGUGCCAUACUUCCUUUAAACUGUUUGCAUUUGUUACACACCUUAGUUACACCAGCUUGCCACAAAAUUUGUUUUGCAAGUUUUCAUAGCCAUAGAACAAAAUGAUAAUUGUUCAUUUAACUAAUAACGUUUUCCCUACUUUCGAAAGGUACCCUAGACACCUUAAAAGAAGAACAAGCUCAGUGUCCCUUGAUUGCCAGCAGUGUGGCAAUUGUUUUAGCCAAGCAGGACACCUAAGGAUUCAUGAAAACAGUGUGACAAGUGUUUUAGCGUAGCAGGACACCUAAAGACACAUCAAAGGGUCCACGUUGGAGAAAAGCCUCACGAAUGUAAACAGUGUGGCAAGAAUUUUAACCAAGCAAGAAUCCUAAUGAGACGUAAAAGAGUUCACACUAGGGAAAAGCCUGAUGAAUGUAAAAAGUGUGGCAAGUGUUUUAGCUGUGCAGGAAAACUAACAGUUCAUGAAAGAGUACACACUGGGGAAAAGCCUUAUGAAUGUAAACAGUGUGGCAAGUGUUUUAGCCAAGCAGGACUUCUAAGGAGACAUGAAAGAGUACACACUGGGGAAAAGCCUUACAAAUGUAAACAGUGUGGCAAGUGUUUUAGCCAAGCAGGACACCUACGGAUUCAUGAAAGAGCUCACACUGGGGAAAAGCCUUAUGAAUGUAAACAUUGUGGCAAGUGUUUUAGUAAAGCAGGACACCUAAGGACUCAUGAAAGAGUUCACACUGGGGAAAAGCCUUACGAAUGUAAACAGUGUGGCAAGUGUUUUAGCCAAGCCGGACACCUACGGAUUCAUGAAAGAGUUCACCUUGGGGAAAAGCCUUACGAAUGUAAACAGUGUGGCAAGUGUUUUAGCCAAGCCGGACACCUACGGAUUCAUGAAAGAGUUCACCUUGGGGAAAAGCCUUACGAAUGUAAACAGUGUGGCAAGUGUUUUAGCCGAUCAGGACACCUACGGAUUCAUGAAAGAGUUCACACUGAGGAAAAGCCUUACGAAUGUAAACAGUGUGGCAAGCGUUUCAGUUUCGCAGUAAACCUGAGGAGUCAUGAAAGAGUUCACACUGGGGAAAAGCCUUACGAAUGUAAACAGUGUGGCAAGUGUUUUAGCCAAGCCGGACACCUACGGAUUCAUGAAAGAGUUCACACUGGGGAAAAGCCUUACGAAUGUGAACAGUGUGGCAAGUGUUUUAGCCAAGCAGGACACCUACGGAUUCAUGAAAGAGUUCACACUGGGGAAAAACCUUAUGAAUGUAGACAGUGUAGCAAGCGUUUCAGUGAAGCAGGAAGCCUGAGGAAGCAUGAGAGAAUCCACACCCUGGUUGAGUCACGUAAAUGUUUCCGGAAAAACAAAGGUCUGUCUAAACGUUUGGAAUCAUGCAAGCGGAAGAGAGCAGGAGGUAAAAACGUUAAUGUUAUCAGGGCCGUAGGUUUUACAAACAACCUUCAAACACAGAGGGAGACUGGAAACACUGAUCUAGCAGAUGCACAAUUGGUCAUCUUUGAGAAUUACAGCUGCUGGAUUUGUCAAGAGGAGAUGAGUAGUGAGGCUCUUCUUCUUCAACAUUAUGAAAACCAUAUGAUCUCUGUUUGUGACGAUGACUCUUAAGUUAAUCAAAGCAAAAACUAUAGGUAAUUCUGUAGGCCUUAGGAGGAGGGGGUGUGUCAAUCAACUUGCACUUCCCCAGAGGCUGCAGAGGGUUGUUGACCAAUGAUUUCAAACAAAGUGAAUUAGUGAUAUUUUGCCUACAAUGUAAUUGCAAAAUCGGUUUGAAUUUUUUGCGACAGUUGAGCAGUUCUCAACAUAGUAGUUCGCCACAAAAUGGGCCGAGGAAAGCAACUGUGAGAGAAACGUUUGACAAAAGUUGUUGUUUAUAAAAAAUUCUUUGAUUUAUAUUUUGUUUGGAUUUUUACUAGAAAUAUGUUUUCCAUAAACCAUUAUGUAUUUAGAAGUACAAUAUUUCUGGCAAUGGUUACACUACGUCAAUCCCUGAAAAAUAAGAACCUAUUAAGAACCGAAUCAGCCUGAAUUGUGAAAACCUACCCUAAAAUAUAUAGACGGCUGUAAGUCGGGUAAGAGAUUUGUCACAAGUGGUGUGCCCCAGGGGACCAUUGUAGGCUCCUAAUUAUUUUUUUUUUUACAUAAAUGACUUUCUCUCAUCCGAGAAUGUGAGCCGGCGAUACAAGUAUUACCUAAGCUUAAUUGUCAAAAAUGAUCUGAAUAAGGUCUAUAUUUGUCUUGUCGCUAACAAGCUCAUGCUAAUAUGAAAAAACUGAGUUUCUCCUUAUAUUUGGCUCAAGAAGAGACUAUCUAACGUAUCGCAGAAACCAAGUAUUGUCAUCGACGACGCUCCGAUCAAACAGGUCUUGGUUUUCAAAUCCCUUGGGGUAAAAAAUCACCAGAAUCUGAAUUGGGGUGACCAUAUUUAGAUGACUUCUAAAAAAGGUUUUUUUCUGGCAUUAGUGCAAUUAAGCGCGCCAGGGACGUUUUGGUCAUGCUGCUUUCUUCAGUGUACAAGAGUAAAUACCGUUAAAAAGUUUGUUAAAUCAGCUCACGCGCCCGAUUACAUACUCGCGCGCUUGUUACAUGUGAUAGCGCGUGCCGGCGCGCGAGUAUGCAAAAAGCGAGUGAUUCAUGUGGAACUUAAGUAUUGAGUAAGGCCACUAGGACCCACAGUCCCAUAAUUGAAAAUCGA